AUGUGGCCGGCCGGCGCGGGCACCAAGCUGCCCUGUCCCCGCGACUCUGCACUCCGGCGGGCGGCUUUCUCCGGAAACCUCACGGCCCUGCCUUCUCACCUAGUGCCCGCGGGCCGAAGCGUCCGGGUUUUCAUCAGCGCCAACCCUGAAGACACGGGAGCAGAAAGACAGGCACUGAGAGAAAAUGUAUAUCCUAAACUGAGAGAAUUCUGCAGAGAAAACUAUGGACUGGAAUUUCAGGUCAUAGAUCUGUACUGGGGCGUUGAUGAAGAUGAAUGGGACAGCCCUGAGCUCCAGAAGACACGCAUGAAGCUGCUGGAGGAUUGCUUGAAAACUUCUGCAGGUCCAUGUUUUGUUGGACUAUUAGGUGAAAAGUAUGGGAACAUCCGAAUCCCCGGAGAAGUGGAAGCCUCAGAAUUUGAAAUGAUUCUGGAUGCUGCCAUAGAGGCCAAGAUGGAGACUAAGCUACUGGAAGAGUGGUACUGUCGAGAUGAGAACUCCGUGCCAGCAGCUUAUUACCUCAGACCCAAAUCAGAAAUGCUGAGAAACAAUAAGAAUGCAAUGCAGCCUCCUGCUAAUGCUGAAAAUGAGAAGCCGUGGCAAGAGAUAUCCGAUGAGAUCAAGACGAUAUUUAAAGCUGCUGUCAAACUGUUACAUGAAAAGGGUAAAAUGAAACACAGCCAAGCUAAGAGGUACCUGUUCUCAGCUAUCGAGGAUGAGUUUGACUUUGCUCUCGGCAAGCAAACUCCAGCAUUCCUAAAGAAGUGUGUUUGCUACAUUAGAAAAAUUGCUAACAUUGAGCGCUUUGUGAAAAUCCCAGAGAUGGGAAAAUACAUGGAUAUAACUGGAGCAGAACCAAGGAUUAUUCGUGACCCAGAAGCCCAAGAGAAGCUGAUAAAACUCAGGGAUGAAUUUAUUCCUACUAUUGUCGCAUCAUCUAAUCUGAGAGUAUACACAUCUGUUACCCAUUGUGACAUGAAACUGGGCUAUUCCCAAGAAAUAGAAAAUCAUUACAUAGAAGGACUUGGUAAACAGUUUUAUGAGGACAUGAUUGAUAUAAUUCAGGCCACAGUACAGCAAAAUUUUGACACUGAAACUGAUACACUCUAUGAUGAAAUCCUUCAGCAUUCGUCAUUAUGUAAAACAUAUGCCUCCUUCUAUGAGUACAAAUGUGAAGCUCUAAACAUUGUGCAUAAAUACAUUCUUCCAAGCAAAACUGGGCACAUCAACCCUCUUAUUAUAUAUGGUGGACCAUGCACUGGGAAAACCCUCCUGUUAGCUGAAGUAGCAAAGAAGGCUUAUGGCUGGCUACAUGAAGACACAGGACCAGAAUCUGACCCAGUAGUCGUGGUGAGAUUUCUAGGAACGACAGACAUGAGUACCGACCUCAGGACCCUCCUUCUGAGUGUUUGUGAACAACUGGCGGUUAACUAUCGGUGUCUGGUUCAAAGCUACCCUAAGAAGAUCCAUGACCUCCGGGACUUAUUUAUAAAUCUUCUGAAUGAGUCUUCACUGCAGAGACCUCUAGUAAUAAUAUUUGACUCCCUGGAGCAGCUCUCGGAGAACGACGAUGCCAGGAAGCUCUGGUGGCUCCCAGCUCACCUUCCACGCUUCGUGCGGAUAGUCCUCUCCACACUGCCCAACAAACACGGGAUCCUGCAGAAACUUCGGUGCCUUAUCCAUGACGAUGACAACUACAUCGAACUGAUUCCCCGGGACAGGAAGAUGUGCAGCCAGGUCCUCAAACACCAGCUGCUGCGGGUCAAAAGGAAGGUCACAUCAGGCCAGCAGAUUUAUGUAAACAAUGCGUUCUCCAAGUGCACGCUGCCCAUGUUUGUGAACCUGACCUUCAGAGAGGUGAGACAUUGGAGAUCCCACAAAGACGUGGAUGAAUCCUCCCUCUGUGUCACUGUUCAUGAAAGCAUAGAGCAGUUAUUCUGGUCCUUGGAGAAGAAAUGUGGCCAGAAACUGGUCUCCAGGGCUCUCGGUUACAUCACCAUGGCCAAAAUGGGUUUGAGCGAAAUGGAACUGGAGGACGUGUUAGCCCUGGACAACAGCGUUAUGAACGAGCUCAACGAGAACACCAGGCCCAGCAAUCCCCUGAGAGUACCUUAUCUGUACAUCGCAAGGCUCAAGGAGGGUCUCAGUGGAUAUUUAAUAGAAAGACACGUGAAGAACGUCACCCUCCUGGUCUGGGCUAACAGACACCUGCAACUCAUAGCCCAGAAACUGUAUCUGCAGGAUGACAGCAGCCUGCGUGAAAUGCACACCAUCUUGGCUGACUAUUUUCUGGGGGUCUGGUCAGGGGGCAGGAGGAAAGCUUUCUGCCUUGAAGACCCCUAUUUGAAUGGCUGCCUUGACUUGGAUAGCAGAAGCCUGCUGGAGGAAGAAAAACACUUCCUGGAACAGGCUUCCUUUGACAGGCAGGCCCCUGAUCAGCCCUGGGUUUUCCAGUGCAAUCCCCUGGAGCCCGACAUCUUUUUCGUCAACCACCGGAAAAUGUCUGAACUGCUGUACCACCUGACGAGAUGUGGGAAAACUGAUGACCUUCUUUAUGGCAUCAUCAUGAAUUUCAGCUGGCUUUACACCAUGAUCAAAAUUGGCCAGUUUGACAAAGUGCUUUCCGACAUUGAGCUAGCUUACAACUACUCCCAAGAGAAGGAGCUGAAGUUCUUGGCCAGCACCCUCCGCAGCAUCAAAACCAAGGUCAUUGCAUUUCCUGGCUCCCUUUCAGCAGAGCUACAGCAGAGACUGCUUCCUGUCGUAAGCUCCCUACCCAAACUUAGACACCUUCUUUUAGAAUGUGACAAAGAUGGGCCCAAAUAUUGCUCCAUCGUGCCAUUGCAUUCAUCCAUGGAUGUGACCUACAGCCCCGAGCGUCUUCCCUUGUCAUCCAGCCACCUGCACGUCACGGAGAUUCUGCCCACCUCCAACCCCAGCACCGUCCUCACCGCUCUAGAAAAUGGUUCCAUCAGCACAUGGGAUGUAGAAACUCGCCAGCUACUCAGGCAAAUCACUACGGCCCAGUCUGUCAUCCUGGGCAUGAAGCUCACCAGUGAUGAAAAAUACCUUGUGGUGGCUACAACAAAUAACACCUUGUUGGUUUAUGACAAUGUCAAUUCUUGUCUCCUGUCUGAAGUGGAAAUCAAAGGAACCAAACAUGGAAGUGGCUCCACCUACAUCAAUGGAUUCACACUGUCUGUCAACCACGCCCUUGCCUGGCUCGAAGCCAGCAAGGAUGUUACUGUCAUUGAUCUGCUCUAUGGAUGGCCCCUUUACCAGUUCCACUGCUGGUAUGAGGUGACCUGUGUCCAGUGCUCUCUGGAUGGGGUGUAUGCUUUCUGUGGGCAGUACCUGAACACUACCACCAUAUUUCACUUAGGGAGUGGAGAAAAGCUAUGUACCGUGACAUCUGAAUUUUCGGGUGGGUUUGUGAAGUUUCUUCUUAUCUUGGACACAGCUCAAGAGAUGGUGAUGGUGGACAGUGAGGGAAGUCUUUCUGUUUGGAAUACCGAGGAUAUUUCCAACCCCCAGCUGACGGAUGACUUUGACUGCAGAAGAGAAGACAGCGAUGUGGUCAGCAUUGAACUGUCAGAGGACCAAAGUGCAAUUCUGAUCUGUAAAGCUCUUAGCAUUGAGCUCUUACAUACCGGCGUAUGGAAGGUAGCUGAAAAGUUCAGAGCCAAGCAUAACGAACGCUUCGUCUCUGCUGUGCUGUCCAAAAAUGGAGACUGUAUCAUCGCGACCAUGGAGAAUACUCCAGCUGUAUUUUUUUGGAGACGAGAUACAGGACAAUGCAUGGCAAGCUUACAGGAAAUCUCAGGUACCAUUGUUAAGUUGGUGAAAUCUAGUCACCACAAUAUGCUACUGUCUUUAUCAACCAGUGGUGUUCUUUCUAUUUGGGAUAUAGAUAUAAUCACAGCUAUGUCCAACAUAGAUAAGACAGGGAAACCCAUCCAAAGUCUGGUGUUGCCUGCUAGAGGGGAAAUCAUUUACUCCCUGGACGGCUCUGAUUGUGUUCAUAAGUGGAACUUCAGCAGUGGGUUCAUUGAAGCAGUAUUUAAGCAUGAAGGCAUAGUGGAACACUGUGUGUUAACAUCCGCCGGAGACAUAAUGGUGACAUCAGAUGACAAAAGCAGCCAGUAUGUCUGGCACACCAGCAGUGGGGAAAACCUCUUCCGAAUCAAUGGGCAGAGAAUCUCUCAGCUGCUGAUCACACACAAUGACCAGUUUGUGGUCUCUCUCUGUGAGGAGAAUGCCUCCAGGGUUUGGAGACUGGCCACAGGCCACAGGGUCUGCAACAUUCUGACCACUUUGCAAAACGCCUUUAUUACCUCCGCAAAUACCUUCGUGGUGGGAAUGACUAAAAGCAAAGUGUUGGCAGUCAGCCUUUGGACAGGAAGUAUCACCAAGAAGUUUUGCUGUGAGGACGGAAUCACCAUUGUGAAUUUUAAACUGAUCCCCGACUGUCCGGACAUCAUCGUGUUCAUCACGUCAGCCGAGACUGUGAACAUCUGGAGUCUGACAGAUGAAGUGAUCUGUCGCCGUGUCCAGCUUCCAAACAACUUCUUGAAAAAUCUGGAGGACUUUGAAAUUUCUCCCAAUGGAAAGUUAGGCAUUAUAUCUAGGGGAGAUGAAAAUAUCAACGUGCUCGAUUUACAUAGUGGUAAAUUACGAGUAGUCCACGCCUCUGGGGUCAUCUGGCGGCAAAGGCUGUCUCGGGAUGGUCGCUACCUGGUCUACAUUUGCUUCCGAAAUGGGGAAGAAGAGGAAGAAAAUGGUGCCAUAUCCAGCUUAAUUGUAAUGAGACUGGCUGAUGGCAAAAAUAUCGGUGCUUGUUCCCUUUACAAAACGCCAACUUUCCUUGCACUCUCUCAGAGGCACCUGAACAUCAUUGUGGGCUUUGAUGAUGGAAGCAUAGGAAUAUACACUGUAGUGGACCGAGUAGACGCUGCACUGAAAAUCAAAAUUGCCACUUCCAAUAGCAGGCAGAUUUUCAACAAUGCAACACAGACAUCCAGACCAAAGUCUAACAGUUACUGUUUUAAAGUAUCUGUGGAUUGCUUAUGGAGAGAGUCCACUGAGGUCUUUGCAAGAGACAGCCCCAUCACAGUCAGCGACUCCUCUGAGUCCAGCGAAGCCACACCCUCCAAGAAGCACAACUCUUGCUAUGACCGGGUGUGCUCUGCCCUAGAAUCCAGGGGUCACAGCUAUGCCCCUGAUAACUGACAAAAUGUCUCUCCCUCCCAGUGGAAAUACACAAUCAACAUACAGAAGAAAAGACAAGUGUAUCUUCUG